CUUAACCCAAACUUUACACCUCAACUUUAACCCCGAUGCACUUGAGGAAAGCCAAGUUGAUGUUCUUCUAUUGUCGAUAUCCUAGUUCCGCCAUCCUAAAAGUCUACUUCCCAGACAUCAAAUUUAACAAGAAUAAUACAGCACAAUUAGUGAAAUGGUUCAGUAAUUUCAGAGAGUUCUUUUACAUACAAAUGGAGAAGUAUGCCCGUCAAGCUUUAGCUGAAGGUUGUAAACAUGCUGAUGAACUUCAUGUAUCACCAGAUUCUGAAUUAUACCGUGUCCUUAAUCUGCAUUAUAAUAGAAAUAAUCAAAUUGAGGUUCCUGAUAAUUUUAGAAGAUGUGUACAAGGAAGUCUUCGGGAAUUUUUCCGUUCUAUAUAUAGUGGCAAAGAUGCAGAACCAUCUUGGAAGAAGGCUAUUUAUAAAGUUAUUGCCCGAUUGGACGAUACUUUACCAGAAUAUUUUAAAUCACCAAAUUGGAUGGAACAAUUAGGAGAAGUGUAAAAAGUCUUGAAAGUGAUAAACUCUUAGCAUCAAUAAAACAGUUCUUGUAAAUUGGGUAUCAAGAUAGUUCUUGUAAAUUAUUUAACAUAGUUUUCCACUAGAAUAUAUACAUUUAUAUCUUCAUUAUUAUUUUGGAAUACAAUCAUCAAUGUAAUGUAAAAAUGCAUUCUUCAGAUUCACAACUGUUGACAUAAUUUCUGUCAAAUCAAGUUCUAUCUGUAUAUUUGUAAAUUAAAAGUUUGUUAUUAUUAUUAUUAUUAUUAUUUAUGUUAUAAUAGUGUGAAUGUGUAUGUAAUACAUGUGUAUUUAUAAUAAUGCACAUGUUUCUGAUUCAAAUAAAUAGUUACCUAUGUAGAUACAAAAAAACCAAAUAGCGUGUUCCCUAGUCAUAAAGCUUGACCUAAGAGAAGUUUACUAGAAUGGAUCCAUGAAAUCCAUUAGUAUUGACAUUUUUACAAAUCAAUCAUAUAAUAUUUGGUGCAGUUAUCUAUCUCAUGUACAUGUGUAUAUAAUUAUAUAUCAUAAAUAUGUUGUUUUAUUAUUUAUUUUGUAUUUAAAUUUGGAUUAGUUUUGUAAGAUCAUUGUCUGAGAAUAAGAAGUCUACAGACAUUGUAAUGGAAAGGAUAACUGGAAGGAUGUUAAUUAAAAAAAUUUGUUGUACCUCAAUAUAUUCUAGUAUAUUAGUUUAGUGAUCAGGUUCAGUUGGAUUAUUAUACAUUUGAUACUCCAACCAUCCAUUCUAUUAUUAUCAUUUUGUAGACAUGACCUUUUUAAUUAAUUGUUUGUGAGACAUAUAGUUGUUUAAUAAUAUGUUCUCUCUUGUGACAUGCAUAAUGGUUUUUGUACUAUACAAAUAAUUUUAAGUCAAUUUUCAAUUUAUCUAUUUAUUUUUUGGGGGUGGGGGUGGGGAAUAGCUGCAAUAUAUUUCACCUCAUACAAUAUUUAAUCUAGUAUUAUACUCAUGAUAUUUAUUUUCACAAGUUUAUUUGUUUAUGAUUUUAUAAUAAACAGCAUAAUUUGAGACAAGGUACAAUUUUAUGGAUACACAAUUACUGAGUUUAAUACUAAGUGAUGUUUCAAUGAGGAUACUUUGGUUCUUUUUCAGUGCUUAUCCAGUUUUUUUCACAGUCUAAUUAUACAUUUUACAUAUCUUGGUUUUCAGUACUUAACUUUCAUGAUUUUACCCUUGCUUCAGAGAUCACUCUGGUUCACUCAUACUCCCAUAAAUACACACUUCUCUUUAAAUUAUUGUUGAUCUAUAUAGCUCAGGUUAAUUGGUUUCCCAUUAAUAGUGUUAAUACAUUGAACAUACAUAUUAUGAUUGCCCUCUUUUUAAUCACUGUAAGAUUUUCCGCUGUGUGGGUUUAGUUGUUAAUGGCCCCCUUUAUCAAAGGUGUUAAGUUUUAAUUGUAUUUGGUUGUUAUUUUUGUUGCAUAUUCUGUAUAUAUUUGCCUAACAUUCACAUACCUGUAUCAUUUGCUUGAUAAAGACGAGAGUAUCCUCAUCGAAACAUUGUUUACUAUUAAACUCAGUAAUUAUGUAUCCAUAAAAUUGUACCUUGUGUUAAUAUGUUCAAUUGCUAAAUGCCAAUCAAAGAAGCAUAAUUUGAAUUCCAGUUCUAGUCAUAUUUUUGGUAAUACAAAAUCACCUUAUUUAGUGACAUUUAUUUUAUCGCUAAAAUAGCAUAAUUUCAUUUUGAUAUUAUUAAUUUAAAUCAUUAUAUUAUAUGCCAUAACUUGUCAAUUAUCAUUCCUAUUUUUAGGAGUUUGCAUGCAUUAUUAUUCCUUCAUAAUUAAUACCACCAUUCUUUCCUUGUUAUAUAAUAUUAUAUUCUUUCAAAAUUUACCUACCAAAUAUCAUUUCAUUAUUAUUUAUGUUUUUUCAUUCCUUAAAUUGAAUUUGUCAUUCCUUAAAUUGAAUUUGUCAUUCCUUAAAUUGAAUAUGCUAUUCCUUAAAUUGAAUAUGCUAUUCAUUAAUAUUUGAUCAUGCCAUUUCUUAAUAUUAUAACUAUAUCAUUCCAUUCCUUAAUUACCAUAGUGAGAUUCAAAACCAUUAAAUUUAUUUUCUAGUCAUUUUUGCAGAAAACUAAACAUUUGUAGUCAUUAAAGUGUGUUUGCUAAAUAUUUGUAGUUCGAAAAAAAAUCUGUUAGCUUAAAAUGUAAAUGUUUCUUAAAUCUUUGUUAUUUUUUGUUUCUGAAAGGUGAUUUAGAUUUCCAAAUAGUGGUAGAUUUGUUGAUCUGUAAAUAUAAAACAAAAUUUAUAAAUGUACAAAUAAAUUUCCAAACCUUUUCAUAAAUAUACCAAUUAUUAUAUUCUAUGUACCUACAUUAUAUAUACAUUAUAUACUAUUUUAUAAUCCUAUCAUUUGUUUUUCUAUCUUACAUAAUGCUUCUCCUGUUGAACAUUGUCAACUUUUCAGAUGUAGUUAAAUAAAUAGCU